ACAGAAAGUGAAACUUACAGACAUUCACUGUCGUCGAGGAGAAAUGGCGCAGCAAGUGAGUUUGGGUCGGGAAAAACUGAGCUGUUCGAUCUGUCUGGAUAUUCUAAAGGAUCCGGUAGCUAUCCCCUGUGGGCAUAAUUAUUGCAUGAGCUGUAUUAAAGACUGCUGGGGUAAGGAGAAUGAGGAGAAAACCUACAGCUGCCCACAGUGCAGGCAGAGCUUCAAACCGAGGCCUGCCCUGGUGAAAAAUACCAUGCUUGCAGAGUUAGUGGAGGAACUGAAGAAAAUAGGGCUUCAAGAUGCUUCACCUGAUCUUUCCAUUGCAAAACCUGGAGAUGUGGUCUGUGAUUACUGCUACGGGGUAAAGCUGAAAGCCUUCAAGUCCUGUCUGGUGUGUAUGGCCUCUUUCUGUGAGCAACACCUCCAACCUCACUUUGAUGUAGCUCCAUUAAAGAAACACAAGUUGGUUGAAGCCACCUCAAAGCUUCAGGAGAACAUCUGCUCUCGUCACGACGAGGUGAUGAAGAUUUUCUGCCGCACUGAUCAGCAGUGCAUCUGUUAUCUCUGCUCCAUGGAUGACCACAAAGGCCAUGACACCGUCUCCGCUGCAGCAGAGAGGGCUGACAGGCAGAAGGAGCUCGGGGUGAGCCGGGGAAAAGUCCAACAGAGAGCCCAGGACAGAGAGAAAGACGUCAAGGCGCUUCAACAGAGGGUGGAGGCUAUCAAUGGCUCUGCUGAUGAAGCAGUGAGGGACAGUGAGAAGAUCUUCACUGAGCUCAUUCAUCUCAUUGAGAAAAGAAGCUCUGAGGUGAAGCAGAAGAUCAGAUCCCAGCAGAAAACCCAAGUGAGUCAAGCUCAAGAUCUUGAGGAGAAGCUGCAGCAGGAGAUCACUGAGCUGCGGAGGAAAGACGCUGAGCUGCUGCAGCUCUCUCACACCGAGGACCACCUGCAUUUCCUAAACAACUACCCCUCACUGUCACGUCUGAGUGAGUCUGAAGACUUACCCAGCAUUGAUAUCUGUCCCCUGCGCUUAUUUGAGGAUGUGACCGCGGCGGUGUCAAAGACCAGAGAUAAACUGCAGGGUGUUGUGACUGAGGAGUGGGAAAACAUCUCUCUGGCAGUGACUGGAGUGGAUGUUUUAAUGACCCAAGCAGAGCCCAGAACCAGAGCUGAAUUCAGGACAUAUUCUCGUCAAAUCACAUUGGAUCCAAAUACAGCAGACAGGCUGUUGUCAUUGAGUGACGGGAACAGGAAAGCAACACGAAUGAACGUAGAUCAGUCAUAUUCUGCUCACCCAGACAGAUUUGUUGAAAGACGUCAGGUCCUGAGUACAGAGGGUCUAACUGGACGUUGUUACUGGGAGGUGGAGUGGAGCGGGAAAGCUUUUAUAGCAGUGGCAUACAAGGAUAUUAACAGAACUGGGACAGGUAAUGACUGUGGAUUUGGAUAUAAUAACAAAUCUUGGGCAUUAGUGUGUAACAUUGGCGGUAAAUAUACAUUCUACCAUCGAUAUAUUUCUACUCCCGUCUCAGGCCCUCCGUCCUCCAGAAUAGGAGUGUACCUGGAUCACAGAGCAGGUUCUCUCUCUUUCUACAGCGUGUCUGACACCAUGACCCUCCUCCACAGAGAGCAGACCACCUUCACUCAGCCUCUCUAUCCUGGGUUUUGGCUUUGGCAAGGUCCUGGAAGCUCAGCGGAGUUGUGUGAGCUGAAGUUUUGGGGUCGGGAAAAACUGAGCUGUUCGAUCUGUCUGGAUAUUCUAAAGGAUCCGGUAACUAUUCCCUGUGGGCAUAAUUAUUGCAUGAGCUGUAUUAAAGACUGCUGGGGUAAGGAGAAUGAGGAGAAAACCUACAGCUGCCCACAGUGCCGUCAGAGCUUCACACCGAGGCCUGCCCUGGUGAAAAAUACCAUGCUUGCAGAGUUAGUGGAGGAACUGAAGAAAACAGGGCUUCAAGAUGCUUCACCUGAUCUUUCCAUUGCAAAACCUGGAGAUGUGGUCUGUGAUUUCUGCUCCGGGGUGAAGCUGAAAGCCUUCAAGUCCUGUCUGGUGUGUAUGGCCUCUUUCUGUGAGCAACACCUCCAACCUCACUUUGAUGUAGCUCCAUUAAAGAAACACAAGUUGGUUGAAGCCACCUCAAAGCUUCAGGAGAACAUCUGCUCUCGUCACGACGAGGUGAUGAAGAUUUUCUGCCGCACUGAUCAGCAGUGCAUCUGUUAUCUCUGCUCCAUGGAUGACCACAAAGGCCAUGACACCGUCUCCGCUGCAGCAGAGAGGGCUGACAGGCAGAAGGAGCUCGGGGUGAGCCGGGGAAAAGUCCAACAGAGAGCCCAGGACAGAGAGAAAGACGUCAAGGCGCUUCAACAGAGGGUGGAGGCUAUCAAUGGCUCUGCUGAUGAAGCAGUGAGGGACAGUGAGAAGAUCUUCACUGAGCUCAUUCAUCUCAUUGAGAAAAGAAGCUCUGAGGUGAAGCAGAAGAUCAGAUCCCAGCAGAAAACCCAAGUGAGUCAAGCUCAAGAUCUUGAGGAGAAGCUGCAGCAGGAGAUCACUGAGCUGCGGAGGAAAGACGCUGAGCUGCUGCACCUCUCUCACACAGAGGACCACCUGCAUUUCCUAAACAACUACCCCUCACUGUCACGUCUGAGUGAGUCUGAAGACUUACCCAGCAUUGAUAUCUGUCCUCUGCGCUUAUUUGAGGACGUGACCCGCGCGGUGUCAAAGACCAGAGAUAAACUGCAGGGUGUUGUGACUGAGGAGUGGGAAAACAUCUCUCUGGCAGUGACUGGAGUGGAUGUUUUAAUGACCCAAGCAGAGCCCAGAACCAGAGCUGAAUUCAGGACAUAUUCUCGUCAAAUCACAUUGGAUCCAAAUACAGCACACAGGCAGUUGUCAUUGAGUGACGGGAACAGGAAAGCAACACUAAUGAAAGUAGAUCAGUCAUAUUCUGCUCACCCAGACAGAUUUGGUGGUUAUUGGCAGGUCCUGAGUACAGAGGGUCUAACUGGACGUUGUUACUGGGAGGUGGAGAGGAGCGGGAAAGCUCUUAUAGCAGUGGCAUACAAGGAUAUUAACAGAACUGGGACACUUAAGGAAUGUGCAUUUGGAAAUAACAAAUCUUGGGCAUUAGAGUGUAACAUUGGCGGUAAAUAUACAUUCUUCCAUCGAUAUAUUUCUACUCCCGUCUCAGGCCCUCCGUCCUCCAGAAUAGGAGUGUACCUGGAUCACAGAGCAGGUUCUCUCUCUUUCUACAGCGUGUCUGACACCAUGACCCUCCUCCACAGAGAGCAGACCACCUUCACUCAGCCUCUCUAUCCUGGGUUUGGGCUUUCAAACCCUUCUGGAAGCUCAGCUGAGUUGUGUGAGCUGAAGAAACAGAAAGUGAAACUUACUGACAUUCACUGUCGUAGAGGAGAAAUGGCGCAGCAAGUGAGUUUGGGUCGGGAAAAACGGAGCUGUUCGAUCUGUCUGGAUAUUCUAAAGGAUCCGGUAACUAUUCCCUGUGGGCAUAGUUAUUGCAUGAGCUGUAUUAAAGACUGCUGGGGUAAGGAGAAUGAGGAGGAAAACUACAGCUGCCCACAGUGCAGGCAGAGCUUCAAAACCAGGCCUGCCCUGGUGAAAAAUACCAUGCUUGCAGAGUUAGUGGAGGAACUGAAGAAAACAGGGCUUCAAGAUGCUUCACCUGAUCUUUCCAUUGCAAAACCUGGAGAUGUGGUCUGUGAUUUCUGCUCCGGGGUGAAGCUGAAAGCCUUCAAGUCCUGUCUGGUGUGUAUGGCCUCUUUCUGUGAGCAACACCUCCAACCUCACUUUGAUGUAGCUCCAUUAAAGAAACACAAGUUGGUUGAAGCCACCUCAAAGCUUCAGGAGAACAUCUGCUCUCGUCACGACGAGGUGAUGAAGAUUUUCUGCCGCACUGAUCAGCAGUGCAUCUGUUAUCUCUGCUCCAUGGAUGACCACAAAGGCCAUGACACCGUCUCCGCUGCAGCAGAGAGGGCUGACAGGCAGAAGGAGCUCGGGGUGAGCCGGGGAAAAGUCCAACAGAGAGCCCAGGACAGAGAGAAAGACGUCAAGGCGCUUCAACAGAGGGUGGAGGCUAUCAAUGGCUCUGCUGAUGAAGCAGUGAGGGACAGUGAGAAGAUCUUCACUGAGCUCAUUCAUCUCAUUGAGAAAAGAAGCUCUGAGGUGAAGCAGAAGAUCAGAUCCCAGCAGAAAACCCAAGUGAGUCAAGCUCAAGAUCUUGAGGAGAAGCUGCAGCAGGAGAUCACUGAGCUGCGGAGGAAAGACGCUGAGCUGCUGCAGCUCUCUCACACCGAGGACCACCUGCAUUUCCUAAACAACUACCCCUCACUGUCACGUCUGAGUGAGUCUGAAGACUUACCCAGCAUUGAUAUCUGUCCUCUGCGCUUAUUUGAGGACGUGACCGCGGCGGUGUCAAAGACCAGAGAUAAACUGCAGGGUGUUGUGACUGAGGAGUGGGAAAACAUCUCUCUGGCAGUGACUGGAGUGGAUGUUUUAAUGACCCAAGCAGAGCCCAGAACCAGAGCUGAAUUCAGGACAUAUUCUCGUCAAAUCACAUUGGAUCCAAAUACAGCACAGAGGCAGUUGUCAUUGAGUGACGGGAACAGGAAAGCAACACGAAUGAAAGUAGAUCAGUCAUAUUCUGCUCACCCAGACAGAUUUGUUGAAAGAUGGCAGGUCCUGAGUACAGAGGGUCUAACUGGACGUUGUUACUGGGAGGUGGAGUGGAGCGGGAGAGCUUUUAUAGCAGUGGCAUACAAGGAUAUUAACAGAACUGGGACAUUUAAUGAAUGUGUAUUUGGAUGUAAUAACAAAUCUUGGGCAUUAGAUUGUAACAUUCGCGGUAAAUAUAUAUUCUACCAUCGACUUAUUUCUACUUCCGUCUCAGGCCCUCCGUCCUCCAGAAUAGGAGUGUACCUGGAUCACAGAGCAGGUUCUCUCUCUUUCUACAGCGUGUCUGACACCAUGACCCUCCUCCACAGAGAGCAGACCACCUUCACUCAGCCUCUCUAUCCUGGGUUUUGGCUUCCACACAAUCCUGGUGAAACAGCUGAGUUGUGUGAGCUGAAGUAGGCGGAAGUUUAAAUAGAGCAACUACACAGAGCAACUACAAUAUGUCCGGACUCUAACACGGCUGGGACUGGGAUUUUCCCUGUUUGAUUUUUUUGUCUGUGUAUUUCUAUUUUAAUUUAGAUAAAACAAUC